AUGUCAGGAAGCCACAUACCUUCUGCCUCUGGUCCCUUCUCAGCCCUGACUCCGAGCAUAUGGCCCCAGGAGAUCCUGGCCAAGUACAUGCAGAAGGAAGAGUCAAUGGAGCAACCAGAGUUCUACUACGACGAGUUCGGUUUCCGGGUGGACAAGGAAGAGGGUGCCGACCCCAGUUCCAGCAGGCUGCCUGCCGGGUCUCUGAUGGAGGACCCUCCCCAACGGCUGCGGUGGCAGGCCCACCUGGAGUUCACCCACAACCACGACGUGGGCGAUCUCACCUGGGACAAGAUCGCCGCCUCCCUGCCCCGCUCAGAGAAGCUCCGCUCCCUGGUGCUGGCCGGCAUCCCACACAGCAUGAGGCCGCAGCUGUGGAUGCGGCUCUCUGGGGCGCUGCAGAAGAAGAGGAACUCGGAGCUGUCCUACCGGGAGGUGGUGAAGAACAGCUCCAACGACGAGACCAUUGCUGCCAAGCAGAUUGAGAAGGACCUGCUCCGCACCAUGCCCAGCAACGCCUGCUUCGCCAAUGAGAGCAGCAUCGGGGUGCCUCGCCUGCGCAGGGUUCUCCGAGCACUGGCCUGGCUCUACCCUGAGAUCGGUUACUGCCAGGGCACAGGCAUGGUGGCCGCCUGCCUCCUGCUGUUCCUGGAGGAGGAGGACACCUUCUGGAUGAUGUGCGCCAUCAUCGAGGACCUGCUCCCUGCCUCCUACUUCAGCACCACCCUGCUGGGCGUCCAGACUGACCAGCGGGUCCUGCGCCACCUCAUCGUCCAGUACCUGCCCCGCUUGGACAAGCUGCUCCAGGAGCAUGACAUCGAGCUGUCCCUGAUCACGCUGCACUGGUUCCUCACGGCCUUCGCCAGCGUGGUGCACAUCAGGCUGCUGCUGCGCCUCUGGGACCUGUUCUUCUACCAGGGCUCCCUGGUGCUCUUCCAGGCCACGCUGGGCAUGCUGCGCCUCAAGGAGGAGGAGCUGAUCCAGUCAGAGAACUCGGCCUCCAUCUUCAACACGCUGUCGGACAUACCCUCGCAGAUGGAGGACGCGGAGCUGCUGCUGGGGGAGGCCAUGCGGCUGGCUGGCUCCCUCACGGACGUGGCUGUGGAGACCCAGCGCCGCAAGCACCUGGCCUACCUCCUUGCAGACCAGGGUCAGCUCCUGGGGACCAGCACCACCACCAACCUCUCCCAGGUGGUUCGUCGCAGGACGCAGCGGAGGAAGUCUGGUUUCACCUCCCUGCUCUUCGGGGAGGACGACCUGGAAGCACUCAAGGCCAAGAACAUCAAGCAGACGGAACUGGUGGCUGACCUCCGGGAAGCCAUCCUGCGCGUGGCACGCCAUUUCCAGUGCACUGACCCCAAAAACUGUAAUGUGGAGCUGACGCCAGACUACAGCAUGGAGAGCCACCAGCGGGACCACGAGAACUACGUGGCCUGCUCACGCAGCCACCGGCGCAGGGCCAAGGCCCUGCUAGACUUCGAGCGACACGAUGACGAUGAGCUGGGUUUUCGCAAGAAUGACAUCAUCACGAUCAUUUCUCAAAAGGACGAGCACUGCUGGGUCGGGGAGCUGAAUGGCCUAAGAGGCUGGUUUCCAGCCAAAUUUGUGGAAGUCCUGGAUGAACGGAGCAAAGAGUACUCCAUCGCGGGGGAUGACACUGUCACGGAGGGCGUCACAGACCUUGUGCGAGGGACCCUCUGCCCAGCCCUCAAGGCCCUGUUCGAACACGGACUGAAGAAGCCGUCUCUGCUUGGGGGCGCCUGCCACCCCUGGCUGUUUAUCGAGGAGGCAGCAGGCCGCGAGGUGGAGAGAGACUUCGACUCGGUGUAUUCUCGCCUGGUGCUGUGUAAGACGUACAGGUUGGAUGAAGAUGGCAAAGUUCUGACCCCGGAGGAACUGCUCUAUCGGGCCGUGCAGUCUGUGAACGUGACCCAUGAUGCUGCACACGCGCAAAUGGAUGUCAAGCUCCGCUCUCUCAUCUGUGUGGGGCUCAAUGAGCAGGUUCUGCACCUGUGGCUGGAGGUGCUCUGCUCCAGCCUGCCCACCGUGGAGAAGUGGUACCAGCCCUGGUCCUUCCUGCGGAGCCCCGGCUGGGUCCAGAUCAAGUGUGAGCUCCGCGUCCUCUGCUGCUUUGCCUUCAGCCUCUCCCAGGACUGGGAACUUCCAAUGAAGAGAGAGGAGGAGAAGAAGCCCCUCAAGGAGGGCGUCCAGGACAUGCUGGUGAAGCACCACCUUUUCAGCUGGGAUAUAGAUGGGUGA